AUGGCCAAGAUCGCGCAGGCGGAGGAGACGUCGGUUGGAGCAAACUUCACUGGGCAUGUUGGAGAAAGAGAUGGGGAUGCACCUGAAGUAGUGGGGAAGUAUGAAUUAGGAGUGAGAAACGAAGCUGGUAACUGGAUAGUGGACUCUGCUAUUGCACAUCAUCUGGCGAUUGUCAACAUCUUCAAGAAAAGGAUGACAAGAUGUACAACCUAUGUCAGUUGUGGACUACACUCCCAGAUAUAUUAUAUUUUAUGUAGAAGGGAGAAGAUGAGGAUGUUCAAAGCUUGUAAUGUACUACCGAAAGAGGCAGUUACAAAACAUAAACUGGUGCCUGGAAGAAUAGGAUUUUCUGAGAAAAACAAUAAGGAUAGUAAAACAGAGGACCAAAAAGAGUCUCAGGAUGUGUACCAAGCAAAGUAG